AUGGCCGAUCGUGAGGGUUCCCCUGGAAUGUCCAUGCACGGAGUAACAGGCAGGGAGCAAACCUUCGCCCUCGCCGUCGCUUCCCCGACUGUUCCCACUGACACGGCAGCGAAGUUCGCCUUACCGGUGGACUCCGAGCACAAGGCCAAGGUGUUCAGGAUUCUCUCCUUAGCCAACCCUCACAUGAGGACCUUCCACCUCUCCUGGAUCUCCUUCUUCACCUGCUUCGUCUCGACCUUCGCUGCCGCCCCCCUCGUCCCCAUCAUCCGCGACAAUCUCAACCUCACCAAGGCCGACGUCGGCAACGCCGGCGUCGCCUCCGUCUCCGGCAGCAUCUUCUCUCGGCUCGUGAUGGGGACCGUCUGCGACCUCCUGGGCCCUAGGUACGGCUGCGCGUUCCUCAUGAUGCUGUCGGCACCGACCGUCUUCUGCAUGUGCUACGUGUCUUCGGCCGGCGGCUACAUCGCCGUCCGGUUCAUGAUAGGGUUCUGCCUCGCCACCUUCGUGUCGUGCCAGUAUUGGAUGAGCACCAUGUUCAACAGCAAGAUCGUUGGGGUGGUGAACGGAACCGCCGCCGGAUGGGGGAACAUGGGCGGCGGAGCCACCCAGCUUAUAAUGCCGUUGCUGUACGAGGUGAUCCGGCGGGCUGGCGCCACCCCCUUCACCGCCUGGAGGAUUGCAUUCUUCAUCCCUGGAUGGAUUCAUGUGAUCAUGGGGAUUUUGGUGUUGACCCUUGGCCAAGACCUGCCGGACGGAAACCGUAGCAGUCUACAGAAGACUGGUGAGGUCGCCAAAGACAAAUUUUCCAAGGUGAUGUGGAAUGGCAUAACAAAUUAUAGGACGUGGAUAUUUGUCCUCCUAUACGGCUAUUCCAUGGGCGUUGAACUGUCCACCGAUAAUGUCAUUGCGGAAUAUUUUUAUGAUAGGUUCAAUCUCAAGCUUCACACCGCCGGUAUCAUCGCUGGCACCUUCGGCAUGGCCAACAUCGUGGCUCGCCCCUUCGGCGGCUUCGCUUCAGACGCAGCUGCCCUGAGGUUCGGCAUGCGGGGCAGACUAUGGACCCUCUGGAUCCUCCAAACCCUAGGCGGAGUCUUCUGCGUCUGGCUCGGCCGCGCAGCCUCUCUCCCCAUGGCCGUCCUGUCAAUGAUCCUCUUCUCCGUCGGAGCCCAGGCUGCCUGCGGCGCAACCUUCGGCAUCAUCCCCUUCGUUUCCCGGCGAUCUCUGGGCGUAAUAUCGGGCCUCAUCGGCGCCGGAGGUAACUUUGGGUCGGGUCUGACCCAAUUAGUUUUCUUCACGAGCACCGAAUUCUCCACUGCAACGGGUCUGUCUCUGAUGGGCGUCAUGAUCAUGGCAUGCACGCUUCCGGUGACGCUGGUGCACUUCCCCCAGUGGGGUGGCAUGUUCUUUCCGCCGUCGAGAGACGCCAUGAAUUCGACGGAGGAGCACUACUACGGAUCAGAGUGGAGCGAGGAGGAGAAGGAGAAAGGCUUGCAUCGAGCGAGUCUCAAGUUCACCGAGAACAGCCGGUCAGAGCGCGGGCGGCGGGUUGCGUCGGAGCCGACGCCGACUCCCCCGGAUUCCACACCGGCUCAGGUUUAG